CGUGCCAUGGCUGAUUUAUCUAAUAAGAUAAAGCGUUUUGCAGACAAUUGGUUGCAAAUAAGCGAUACAAUCGACUAUGAUGAACUUGUAGCCCUGAUAAAUGCGCUCGACUACUUGAAGAAGGACGCUCAGCAGAAAAUGUCCAUCAGGAGAGCUAGCCAAGCGAGCAUGCAAACCCAUCGACAGCCUGCAUGUGUGGGUGGUGCUAAUCAAGGGGUGCGAAGGUCUUCUCGCCGCAUCGCAUCCGCUCCCCAAUAUGCUUCAGCAGGCUCGCUGUUUGUCACUGAAGAUGAGACGGAGUCUGAGUCCAGUAGUCAAGACUAUGGGACACGCUCCCCAAUUCUCUACGAAGAAAACGAUGAUGAACACGAAACGAGGGAUGCUGCAGCAGAGAUUCUGAUGAAUCAUCCGGGCUUGUUGCCCGUCGACAACGAUAGCCAAGCGGACAAAAUCCUUCUUGAGAGGAAUUGUGAGAAUGAAAUAUCGCAACUGAGGCAUCGGAUAGAGCAAUACGUACCCUCUCAUUCGCCCUAUACGCGAAGGCUGGUUAGUAACGAGCAGGAUGAGUGUACGGAUGUACAGCCAGUGCAGGUCCUCGAUGAAGCCUCAACUGGCCAGGCUUAUCAGGAAACUAGUGCCACUGCUCUAUACCAAUCAUUGGAGGUUCCAGAAGAUGUUGAAAAUCAGCAGUUUCCCGAGCUUUCACAUUCUAGUUUGGUCCAUCAGCCACAUCUAGGCUUAAUCGAGCAGGAUGUCUCAGAUUCACUUUUUAGUGGAGAAGAGUUUGGAGUGGAUAUUCUCAAUAAUUUACCCUCACCUCAAUUUUUCAAUGAAGCAUUUGGAGAUUUGUAUUCUACCUCUGUACAUGACGAGGUGCAGAGAGACGUCGAAGAGACCGCCACCUACCCUGACGAACAACAUCUGACCAACCAAAGUCACACAGAACAUUUUGACGAUGAUCCGACAGUUCAAGGCUAUGUGGAUCUCGCUUGUCGUUUGGGCUUCCGCCUUCCGCACGAAACUGCAGAGGAUGCAGAUUGUAUUGAUGUUCAGGAGGUCCUAGCACCCUUAGUGAAAGAGACGCCCCUUACGUCAAGACUCCUCCAUGGUAUAUUGUAUACGCUACUGCCCGGUCCAAUUCUCAUUAUUGAUUUUUGUUCUGGUGCAUUCGAUCCAGAGGCGGUAGAAGGAAGUACCUGUACCGAUUUUGUAGCAAUCGUACGCAGAAACGAAGACCCUUCGCCUCUGCUUGUGGUAGGGCUAGAGACGAGGCCUGAACACAUUGAUCCUCAAUGGAAGCUGGCCCGCUUAGAGACACAAUCACAAACUGGCGAGGUUUUCGUACCAAAUCUAGAGAACUUCGAGCUCGAAGCGUUACGGGAAUCACUUCUCCGGAAGCCUUCUGAGAUAAAUCGCGGGCGUUGUCUACGCAUUUUGCAAUGUGUGAACGAGAUCGGAUCUCCCCAUAUUCUUGAAUCACUCAAACUGGCCUGUACCAGGAAAGACGAAUGCCAAACCUAUUCACGAACAGAUCAACCCAUCUUCGACAAACUAUUCCACAUCCACAUCUACUUGGACAGACAAGAAAGCCAAAGUCAUAUUUUGGUUGCCAGAAAUAGAUAUAUUAAAUAUUGCUACUUUGAGACAUAUCUGCGCGCUGUCAAAGCGCUGCAGGAGGAGAAGCGCAAUAGCACACAAGAGAGGCGAAGAGUCUUGGCUCGAAAACGGACUACUAGCUUCAAGCAGGGUAUUUCUGAGAUACUGCCCCCUACUCCACAUACUGAAGAAAUACAUCGAGUUUACGAAAAUCUUAGUCCUUCAGAGAGAAAGAGGCGGGCUCCUGAUAUGGUCAAAGAUGAGAUUUCAAAGAAAAUCGUCAAAGAAUAUGGCGGGAAUGAAAAGCGAAUCCGACGCAAUAUAAAUAAAUACAUUAAAGACGGGAGAGUACUACACCAUGUUCUGCGAGGCUGGAGAUCCUUAGAUCCAGCCUUGCUUAUUUUGUUUCCAAGCUUCGGAUCCGAUUUGCCUUCGUUAAGUGUGACUCAAUUUGGAUUGGAGCUUGAGGAGCUUGAGGAGAAGGCUCUUAUGGAGGCAGCUUGGUUUGGCGAGGUGUUGCAGGCUAGGCCGGAGCUGCUAGAACCAGUCCCAAAGGCUGUUCUUGAUCUCAUCUCGAAUACCCUGACCCAUGACCUUGAUCUCCAAGGGCGUGAUCCGGAUAGCUUUCGGAAUUGUUGUCCAAACGGCGAGAUGAAGACUGAACCUGGCAGCAAUACAAUUAACGAAGAUGCAUGGCCUUGUUUAGGCGCUAUUAGUAUUGACCGCCUGAAUGUGCUUAUAUUUUGGGAAAGUUCAUGGCUUUCAACACGUGAGUACCAUGCACUUCGUCAAGAUGGAAAUCAGGGGUGGCUUGUCCACGCUCGAGGCGAAAACGAGCUACUCAUUUCCUGGGAGCCUACCAUUGAAAGGAAGUCAAUUCAAUCCUCCCCCCAAGAACUACUUCAUGAGUUUCCUAUAGAGGUCCGAAAAGAUCGACCUGGUUUGCUUGGAUAUGUCGCGGCGAAGGCUUUACCCCCAUAUCUAAACGCGGGUAGCCGUUUCCCAGCAUUCCUAGCAUACUGGAAAGUCGCCCGAAUGACUAAGGGUCUUUUUUAUUAUCUACAGCAAACUUAUUCCAGCCAUCGGGGCUACAUUGUACACGAGGAGUCAGGCAAAGUCUGGAUACAGUGGGAACCUACGUGGGUGGCUUAUGAAAGCUUGAAUGAAAGUAAGAGAGAGCAGCUCUUACAGAUAUCCCACGAUCCCGAGGCUAUAUUGAAUCGCUUCCACAAGGCAAUUGUUCACUACUCCAUGCGCUCAGUGGUAGAGAGGAGAAUAAGUAAGAGAACAAUAAAUUAA